CAGCAGCUGAGCAGCAGUCGAUGCCGAUGACGUUCCCUUGAAAGUCAUAUUCGUAUAGUAUGGAAGAAGAGUUGGUUGUUGCAGUGGCGCAGAACGUCAUCGAGGAGACAGAACACUCCCAAGAGCCUGAGCCGAGUGUUGUUGCUGCUGCUACUGUCACCAUGUCGCGGGUGGAUUUGAAAAAUUGGCCAAUCUUCAGCCUCCUAGAGCCGAAAUUUAUUGCUAAAAUUCAAAUGGCUGUUGUUUAUGGUAACUUGGGAAAUGAAGCAUUACUUGUAACAAAGGAUGGUGAUGUUUAUGCUCUUGGAAGCAAUACAGCUGGCUGCCUUGGCACUGGAGACUCGCACAGCACGUUGCACCCAAAAAAAGUUGAAGCUCUCUGCGGCAAAGGAGUCAAGACGUUUGCAUACGGCAGCGGGCCACAUGUUCUUGCUCUUACAAAUAAAGGAGAGAUAUAUUCCUGGGGUCACAAUGGAUAUUGUGAGUUAGGAAACGGCUCCACGAAUCAAGGACUGACGCCAGCUCUUUGUCUCAAUUUGAGUGAAAAAGUCGUGACUUCUAUAGCAUGUGGAAGUCAUCAUUCAGUUGCCCUCACAGAAGACGGUGAAGUAUACUCAUGGGGACAAAACAACUGUGGACAAGUAAGUACGGGUAUAAGUUCGAAUCAGGCUGCGCCGCGCAAAGUCAAUUCAUCUUUGACUGGCAAAGUCGUCACGUCAAUCACUUGUGGACAGACAUCAACCAUGGCUCUGACGGAUAUUGGAGAAGUUUAUGGCUGGGGUUACAAUGGAGUCGGCCAAUUGGGAAUUGGAAAUUACGUGAAUCAGCUCAGUCCCUGCAAAGUUACUGGCUUGAAUGGGAUUGUAAUUGAAAAAAUUGCUUGUGGAUAUGCACACACCUUGGCGUUAAGCGACGAUGGUGUCCUCUACGUUUGGGGAGGUAAUGGUUUUGGGCAGUUAGGUUUAGGAAACAAGGCUAACGCUUGCACACCAGUGAAGUUACACAUGCCGGAGAUGGGCCGGAUCUCCAACAUAGCAACGUCACACUACAAUCACAUAAGUGUGGCAAUGGGCCAGGGUGGUAAGAUCUUCAUGUGGGGCCAGUGUCGAGGACAAAGCGUAACAACACCAAUGGCUACACCUCUGCCGCAUAUACACGAUGCUCUUGCCUGUUACGCGACACCGAGUGUCAUGCAUGAGCCUCUUGUUUUGCAAGCUGAAGAAGAGAUUGGUAUUAUUGAAUGUUUGCGCAAUGCUUUCGACGAUCCGGCUACGAGCGAUUUAACGAUACAAGUUCAGAGUAAACCGAUUUAUGUACACAAAGCUGUACUAAAAAUACGGUGUCAGUAUUUCAAAUCAAUGUUUCAGGAGCAUUGGGCAGAAAACAAUCAAGACGUUAUUGAACACAAUCAGUUUUCGUACGAUGUAUAUAAAUCAUUUUUAAGGUACUUAUAUACAGAUGAAGUGGAUUUACCAGCAGAGAAUGCUUUGGAACUGCUGGUCUUGGCAAACGUCUACUUUGAAAUGCAGCUGAAACGACGUUGUGUUCAGAUGAUCAAGCAGGGAAUUACUAUUUCAAAUGUUGCAUUUUUGUACAGCACUGCAAUCGAAUACGACGCCAAAGAAUUGGAGGAUUUUUGUUUCAAGUUUGCGUUGAAUCACAUGACUGAUGUCAUUCAGACGCCAAAUUUUGCUAAGCUGGAUGAGGCGACUAUCAAAACUUUCAUCAUCAAAGCCGCACAAGCUGGAGCAUUUAAAACGUAAUAAGCAACAGUCAAAUGGCCAAACCAAAUUUGAUCUCUAUUCAUUGGACCAUGAAGAACGUGCAAUAGACUUUAUUGUCUUAUUAUAAAAAUUUAUAGUUCAUAUUUUGCUACUUUGGUGAGCGGAAAAUGAUUCACGUAUGGCAUACGCUUGUCAUGUAAGUGUACAGCGCUCAUUAUGCUUUACUCAUGUACACUUACAACACUGUACUGAUUGCAUUGUCCACCAAUCGAUCGUAGUUAUAGAUUUAACUUAGUCUGGAUCUAACUAAUCUGUAUACAUUGUGAUAAUAUCUGAAUCGAAUCGACUGAGAAAAUUUAUGAUAUUAAAAGAUUUUGCAUAUAAAAUUUCUUACAUAGUUCUUAUAUUUAGUCAAUUAGACGUAAUGAAUUGAUGUAUUUUUCAACAUUGGGUUCCUGCAAAGCAUUUGUACUUGUUUAUUGAUAUAAUUUUUGUACUUUCGUUGUCAAUUUAAUAAUGUAAAAAAUAAAAUAAAACUUUCAAUGAUUACCUCUUUUUUUAACUCAGAGAACCUGAAAGGUAAUUAAUCUAAAAGAGUGCAAUCAUAGGAUAAAAAAAAUUGAUGUUUAAUUGGUACAUCAUUUUUAUUAAGAUAUAUUAUAUACAA